CGCCAUUUCGCCGUUGCCAUCCUUGGUUGGUACUCCCUUCAAAACCCCCUCCGAGGUCCGAGAUAGCUCAACCGCCGGGAACAAACAAACGGCUAGAGGACAGCAACGCCAGCACUAGUAUAUUACACUGGCAGGGGCAUGUAGUACAAGUUUAAAGUAUAUUUGGUCCCAGGUAGUGGUAGAGAAACUCGGGGACAGAGUACAAGAGGAAAGCCAGGGACGUGUCAGCCUCGUGUUCCCCUUUCCUUCGUCCCUUCUCUCCCUGCCGUGGGCAAACAAUGGCGGCUCCACACCCCCGCCCUCGUGCUCCGUGCGUGCCUCCCACGCUAUAAGUAAGCGACCACCACUCCCUGAAGCUUACUACCCGUGCGUGCGACCGAGCAGAGCACGGACAGACACACCAGCUAGAGCGUACUGCGUAGUGCCCAAGUGCUUUGUGGAGGAUGGCCAUGGCCAUGGCGAGGUCGGGCUGGAAGGCCGGCGGCGCGCUUCGCGUUGAGAUGGACGAGGAGGAGGAGGAUGCCGGGAUACCGCCGCCGCAGACGCCGCUGGAGCCCAUGGAGUACCUGUCGAGGUCGUGGAGCGUGUCGGCGUCCGAGAUAUCCAAGAUCCUCGUCGCCGGCGCCGGCGCCAAGAGGACUAGCUUCGCCGCAGCCGCGAACCGGCCGCUGCCUGUGCCGGAGAUGGUCAUACCGGAGAUUGACGAGUCUGCCUUCAUGGCCAUUGUUCCUUCGAGCCAUCGACACCACACGGAUGAGAGGAGGAGCUCCAUCUCCAUCGGCGGCGGCCACCACGAAUCCAUCAGCAAAUGGUUCUACCACCGGGACGCGAGCCGGCGUGGGAAGCAGAGCGGCAAGAAGGAGAAGCUGCGCGCCGAGAGGGCCCACGUGCACGCCAUGGUGUCGGUGGUCCGCGUGGCGGCCGCCGUGGCCGCCGUCGCGGCGGCAUCCGCCACGACGACGGCGAGCUCGGACUCGGACGACGCCGCCUCCAGGAUGGCGGCGGCCAUGGCGCCCGCGGCCGAGCUGCUGGCCACGCACUGCGUCGAGGUGGCGCGGCGCGCCGGCGCGAGCCAUGAGCUUGUCGCGUGCGCCGUCAGGUCCGCCGUCGGCGCCAGCAGCCCCGGCGACCUGACCACGCUCACGGCGGCGGCCGCAACCGCUCUACGGGGAGCGGCAGCGAUGAAGCAGAGGGUGCAGCGGGAGGCGAGGAGCAGCGCGAGCGUUCUUCCCUACGAGAAGGGCCAUUCGUGGAGCCCCGAUGUCUGGUGCAAGGAGGGGGAGCUGCUGAAACGAACGAGGAAAGGGGAUUUACACAGGACGAAAGUAUCUAUCUACAUCAGCAAGACGUCCCAGGUCAUGUUAAAGCUGAAGAGCAAGCACAUAGGAGGCGCUCUGUCAAAGAACAACAAGAGCGUGGUUUACGGCGUGUACAGCGAGCUCCCGACGUGGGUGAUCGAGCCGGGGAAAGCUCUCAUGGACGAGAGGCGCUGCUUCGGCCUGAGCACGGCGCAGGGCCUCGUGGAGUUCGAGUGCGUGGACGGCGCAAGCAAGAAGAGCUGGGUCGACGACGUGCAGAACCUGCUCCGGCAAGCUGCAGCCACUGUCGCAGGAGAUAAACUGGAGUCAUCAGUAGUAAAUUAAUCUCAGCUGAUACAGCAGCUCAUGUCAUGUGUGUAUCUGUUUUGGUGGCAGGGAGAUGGGUGUGGUGUGUUGUGAUUGCAAGGAGGGGUACAUAUUGAGUAUGAUACUCUUGUCAGGCUGUCUAAUUAGUUCUAUAUACAAAAUGGCGAGAUUAGAGAAUGGGUUAUAUAUGCUUAAGUCUACUAUGGCUUGUUUCUCAGAUAUGUUUGCAGUGUUAAUACCCGCAAAAAAGAACCAAGUUCCUGAUGUUAA